AUGGUAUUUAGUCUAUCAUACUUGGCUAAUAACCUGGAAUCAGUUGAGCAUGUGGGUCAUUGUUUUAGUGUAUUACUGUUUGGCGGUGCACACAGAUCGUUUGCUGUUCACGCUAACAUGGCUGUUACAAGGCCCAUUGUCAAUGUUUAUGGAGUGAAUGGAGCAUCUACGGGUUCCACCAUUAAGAUGCCGGCAGUCUUUACGACCCCACUACGUUUGGACCUUCUGAAUUUCGUCCAUGACCAAAUGCGUAAAAAUUCAAGACAACCAUAUGCAGUUAGUUCAAAGGCUGGUCAUCAGACAUCUGCCGAAUCCUGGGGUACCGGAAGAGCAGUUGCCCGUAUUCCUAGAGUGAGAGGUGGUGGUACACACAGGUCAGGUCAAGGUGCUUACGGAAAUAUGUGUCGUGGUGGUCAUAUGUACGCUCCAACAAAGACAAUGAGACGGUGGCACAGAAAGAUAAAUAUUCAGCAGCGACGAUAUGCUAUAUGCUCUGCAAUCGCCGCGACCGGAGUACCAUCGUUAGUCAUGGCUCGCGGUCAUCGAGUUGACCGUGUCCCUGAACUCCCACUUGUCUUAUCUAAAGAGGUCGAGUCACUUAAGAAAACAAAAGAUGCGGUUAAAGUACUUAAAGCGAUCCGAGCUUGGCCAGAUAUUCAAAAAGUUUAUAACUCUCAGAGAUUCCGUGCUGGCAAAGGUAAAAUGCGAAAUCGAAGACGAAUUCAAAAGCGUGGUCCGAUAAUAAUUUAUAAAAAAGACGAUGGAAUAUCACGGGCCUUCAGAAAUAUUCCAGGUGUCACUUUGAUUAAUGUCAAGGCUCUUAAUCUUCUUAAGUUGGCCCCAGGUGGUCACAUGGGACGUUUAGCUAUUUGGUCAGACUCGGCUUUCCGUCAGUUGGACAAGCUUUAUGGCACUCGAAAAACAGGAAGUGUAAAAAAAUCUGGUUUCCAUCUUCCCAUAGCAAAAAUGGCCAAUGCAGACUUAGGUAGACUUUUACACUGCCGUGAAGUCUCUUCUGUCGUGAAAUCUAGGCGUAUGCAUUUGCAACGUCCAGGUCCUAAAGUCAAGAAAAAUCCGUUAAAGAACCAGCAGGCGUUGCUAAAAUUGAAUCCAUUUGCGCUUGGAGAAAAACAUUUCAAGAUGGCCCUUGCACGUGCGAUUAAAAACGGAAAACUUAAACGAAAAGCUGCUAACAAAGUUGACGAAGCUCCUUCAAAAAAAGCUAAAUAUGUAAAAGUAAAAUGAUGUCUUGAAAUACAGUUGUGAUGAUGGCAUCAUUUUCUGAAUGCAUAGAUGAUUGUCUGAUAUUUCGAUCUAUUCUGCUUAUCGACAGUCGAGUAUGUCCUGGUGUUGUUCGUGUUAUGUAGAACAUUUCAAGAAUACAUAACACUUAGUGUUUAUGAGUUGUAAAACAACAAAUUAAAAAUAAGUUUGAAUUGCAAUAAGCAUGAGAGCAGUCUUUCGUUAUGAUCGUGGUUAUGUAUUUGUAAACUUUAAAGUCAAAUUAUGUAGUUUCGUGACUAAUGUUUGGCUGUAACAUUCUAGUGGUCUCAUCUGUGCAUAUGUAAGGCUAGUCAGCGGUAAUAAGGUUUACGAUUUUGAUAAUCAGCAACCCCAUUUGGAGGCUUAACUAAAAAUGUAGGUAAUUAAGUGAUCGUAUAUUAAAGGCACUUAACUGUAUGGUGUACUAGUUACAAGUGCUUACCACAAAGACCGUUUCAGAAAUCUCGAAAAAUACGUUGUAUGAUUUAUAAGAUUACUGGUGGAAGCUCCAAGUUUCUCACGAAACACUUCGUUAGUUCCAUUUCAUGGUAGGGUUUUUGAUUAAUAUCAAAUGUUUGUGUGGAAAUCUGUUGUGGGGUGACCUGUUUCUGUUAUGGCUAGCAUUAUGUCGUAUGUUGUACUACCAAUAGUCUUGGCAAGUAAGUUUAUUGAAGAGGAUCUUAAUGCUUACCAGUUUAAGGAAGUGAAAUUAACUUGCAUCAACAAUGUCGCGAGAUCAAUCCCUUUUGAUACCGACUGUAUAACGUCCGCGUAAGCAUCGCAACCAAUGGUUAGAUAAUUUAGGUGACAUGAUUCAAAAGCCUCUUCAAUGUUAAAGGUGCAUUCACUGUAUCUUCCUUAAGAUCCCGAAAUGUUAUACCUUUAUUUCCUGCACCUGAACUUUUACCCUAGUGCUGAUACUUAUACUAUAGCGUGCUUCUUAAGAAUUCAAUAUUGUGUGGCAACUUGGGACGGCGUACAUGUUCAGGUUCUGCGUUAAAAAUGACACUCCUUUUUGAUAGGGUAUCAAAUAUUUUCGACAACUUAACAAUGUCACUCGUGAGUGAUUACCGUUAUGUUGCUUAGUCGUUGUUAGUUACGUGCCAUCUCGUCGACAUAAUGGGCUAAUUGACAAUUUGACCACUGUAGAACAAGAUGAAUAUCCUGUGCUCUAAGUAUCUUUGAUCAAAACGCUAACUACUACCGUCCAAAGGUGUCUUGGACUUUUGUCUCAUGUAAGCUUUGUGGUUUGGCAGAGUUGCACAACAGCAAUAAAUUUCUCACCCAAACAUGUUUUCCUCCCGCAACAAUCUUCCAUGGGAGAGUUACAAAGUUCGUUAUUGGCGUGAAAAAUUUUAGUGUAAAUCCUCUCCGUCAUCUUUUUUCUAGUAGCUCUUAACACUAAAAAGCAUUCUACUAUUUCACGGGUUACCAUAUUAUGGUCAUCUGAUAUCACUGAAUGAGACACUCGUUUCAAAACUACAUAAGUUGCUUUGAUACGAAUUGCACCCUUUUGUUAGAAAUAACCGAUUGGCUGAAUAAGUUAAAAUCACAUGAAUACUGACUGUUUAGUCAAGUACCGGUAGUCAAAAGUCGUAUUGACAAAUGUAAACUGGAUUGAAUUUAUUUACAGUAUAAAAUGACGGAUCAGCAGCAUGUCUUUCUUCCCCAAAUACAGCGUAGAUUGUCUAGCUACUCCAGCAACGGACUAAUCAAAUACUCUUCAUGAUUUAAAUUAAAAGGCGAUCUUAGGUAUUACACCAUUGGAAAGCAGGAAGCACUGGGUAGCUGUCUCGUCCUAGUAUGGGAAUCCUCAGUAGCGCACAUUCGUGACCUCAACAUGUACAUCAUUAGAUAAUGACAGCGCUUAAGAUUGACCAGAAGUCCUCGGUUCAAUGAACUCUAGCAGGGUUGUGGACCGCAGAUCCCAUAUUAUAACUAGAUACUUUGUAAGUGUUAUCCGUAACAUACAUUUUUCCACGGUGGGAACCUAUUGCGACUUGAAGUAAGUAUCGAUGAUACUGAGUUUUUUCUGAAUAUGGCCUAGCAUGGUUAGUGUGAUUUUUUACUAUAACUUUUCGGCUGAGGAUUGUAAUUGCGGUCUAGGUGUUACGAACGUCUGAUGAUUUGUACACUCGAAUUCGUCAAAAUAAUGUCCACACCUGUUUAUACUGAGAAACUGCAGACAGAAUAUUUAUUAACUUUUGCCGUUUUUUGGAUAGCUACCAGUAGUGGAACUCAGGAUAGACGUUCCAUCCUACUUCGACUUGUCAGACAAACUGCAAUUUCUAACUCAGAAACGAUCGACACUAUCUAGUUUACUUGAAAAAAGAGCAAGCUAAAUUGGAUGGAUAUCAUUGUCAUAUGUUGUGGUGUUCUGUACUAUUUAAGAAAAGACAGAAUUCCGGUUAGGAUUAUAAGUGAACAACAGCUAGACUCCAAGAGUUUACUUUUAAUUCUUGGAAUUAACUUGGUGAAUGUACUUGUAUCCUAAUGAUUUGUCUCUAUCUGAUUUCAAGGUUAUUAUCUAUCAUUUAGAGCGCUACCUCUUGUUUAUUGACAAAAUUUGCUUGUUGCCUUUUAGAAACAGUCCUUAUCAUUAUGAGUUGUUAUCAAGAAUGAAUAUCAAGCAAUUUACUAAGAUCAAUACACCGAUACAUUUUGGUCCGUAGUUAUUUAACAACUUUUAUUGUAUUCAAGUAUGCUUAAAAAUCACAUGUAAACGGUCGAUAAACAGUUCUGAAAAUAAUAAUUAGGCUUAUGUAAUAUCUUUACCUACUAUAGUAACGCAAUUUUUUUACUGCUCAACAAACAUCGUGAAAUGACUCAACUUAUUCACUAAUGCAAAUUUGGAUUUUAAACUCGGUCUGAGUGGUAAGCGAAGGAAUGGCGUUAUAUUUGUUUUAUGAAAUAUAAUCUUUGGGAACAGUUAUGUAAAAAUGGUCCCAUGGUGCUGCUAAUAAUGGUAUUAAUGCGAUUUGCAAAAUACUAAGAAAGGAAUGUGGGAUUAUUAAGUUUUAUUCUCAGUAGUAAUCGUUUAUAAGUUUUUUCUAAUAUCUCAUGUUUGUGGAACCAUUUGUGAUAGAAGCUGGUCAAUUCAACGAAUGCACUAUAAACGAAUCAUAGGAAUGAAGAAUU